AUGGAGUCGACGCCUCUUCUCUCAAGGCACAAUUCGCAGAACCAGCACAGGCGCCGAUGUGUGUAUUGGCGUAACUCUACCCCUGGACUGUCUUCGGAUUCGGGUGGACAAACCCCAAACCCUAAACCCUGCAGUCGCAAGGCCUCUGCGGUUUUCACGUGUUUAAGGGCCUCGCCACACGUCGACGAGUCAAAACAACCUGCAGAUACACCUGGCUUCGAUUCAAGUGAGCUCUGCACUUGACUCAUGCACUGUAUGGGUUCGGCUACACGUUCGUUCCGCGUGUUGGUGUGUGCCUGUGUGCCUGCAGCGUGCGCCGAUGAGUCAGGAGGACGCAGAGAGUGA